ACCCAGAGAAGGCAUCAAUGCCUAAAGAUGGAACCGUGCAUGAAUUAACAAAUAGGACCAUCAUAUUUCUGGAACCACUCCUGGAUUAUGCAGACACUGCAGGAGCUAUGUUACUUCUUCAUGGAGAACAGGCAGCUCCCUCAGAGGCUGUUGAUGCUAAAAAGAGUAAACUUAAACUUGCAGACUAUAUCACCAAAACCUUGUCAGCUCUGGGUCUGAACUUGAGCAAUAAAGCAGAGACCUACAGUGACCCGACCCUGAGACCUGUGUUCAUGCUGAAUAAUUAUCACUACAUCCUCAAGUCACUCAAAAGAUCUGGUUUGUUGGAUCUUAUUCACACCUGGAAUAAAGAUGUAGGACAAUUCUAUGAGGACAGAAUCAAUGAACAAAAGAAAUCAUACUCAGAAAGUUGGAGUCGAGUAAUGCAUUAUAUCACUGAGGUGAAUGAACCAAUAUCUCAACAGAGAAUCCAGGCCAUGGAAUCCAGCAGAGAAAGGUUGAAAGACAAGGAAAAACAAAACAUAAAAGACAAAUUUUCUGGUUUCAACAAAGAGUUGGAGGACAUUCUACGAAGUCAGAAAGGAUACGCCAUUCCUGACCCAGAAUUACGUGAACAAAUGAAAAAGGACAACAAGGACUUUAUCAUUCCUUCCUACAGAAUGUUCCUAGAUAAAUAUAAAAGACUUAACUUUACAAAAAAUCCCACCAAGUACAUCAAAUACUCUGUACAGGACGUGGCGGAAGUGGUGGAUAAACUGUUUGAUAUGUCCGCUUAAUUCUUCUUAUAAUUGUAUAUUGGCUUGUAACAAUCUGUUUUACUAUAAGUACUUGUGAUAAUAUGAAUACUAAGCAUGUAUCAUUUGCAGUCUUUUAAGUUACAUGUAUUCAUGUAUUGCAGAUGAAAAGGGAGUAAAGUAAUAAUAACAUACAAACUAAAUCCAACUACUGGGUAAAAAUAACUUUAAACAUACUUUUAUCUAUAUCAAGAUCAAAGCUAUAUUAUUGUUACAAACUUGAGAAAAAUUUGAAAUACAUAGAAUGACUUUUGGUAUUCAGAUUCUUGAUAAUUAAUACUUAAAACACAAUACAACACUCUGAAUGCAAUCUUCGGAAACCAAGAGGAAGAUACAGGGGGUUAUCAAAAAGUUUGUGGAUUGAUGUGAUAAAAUUAAUAUGUAGUCUAUGAUUACAAAAUUUAUAAGGAACAUAACACAACAAAAGUUUAGGAAGUGUUGAAAAUUAAAGCUUGAUAGAGUGUCAUCAGGACACCUGAUUUUUAUGUGCAAUAUUUUAUUUAAGAUUUUUAAUUGAAAUAA